AAUCUGAAAAAAGAAAUGUAUCUCAACGUUUAUUUCACGUUUCUGUUGCUGGGUCUGGCGAUAGCUCAAGCUUCACCAACGGAGAAGAAAGAAGAAUCAAGGGGAGAAGGAUUGAAAGGGGAGGAACCGAAGAUCGAACAGACUGGUGAAGACGUGGACAGAUCUAAGAAGUCGGUGUUUCCUCACAAGAUAACAGGGGUACAACACAUUCAGAGAGUCUCGAAUAAUGUUCAAACCCUGAACAUACAGCCGGAUGUAAAGUCUACCAAUAUUCAGUUUCCACAACCUGUUCAAACUGUGAACAUUCAAGAACGGCAAUCUGCUCAAAUCAACAUCCAACCAGCUGUUCAAACUCUCAACAUCCAGCCAGCUUCUCAGACUGUUCAAACUUUGAGCGUUCGGGGCCCACAAUCUGUCCAAACUUUGAGCAUCCAAAGUCCACAACCCGUUCAAACUCUCAACGUUCAAGGCCCACCGACUGUUCAAACGCUCGGCAUCCAACCAAGUUUACAAAGAGUCCAAACUUUGAGCAUACAAGCCCCACCACAAUCCGUUCAAACUCUCAAUAUUCAGCCAGGAUCCCAAGCAAUCUUGAACGUGAUUCCACGUGGUCAGACCAGUGCCAAUGUGAUUGCAUUUGGCCCUCAUUCAUCCAAGACCGUGCAAGUGUUCCAGCAGACGCAUCCUGGCUCUCAAACCAACGUGAACAUCGUCCAACCUUUGUUGAAAGAGCCAGUAGUGGAGAAGGUCACUCGUGUGGAGAAAAUCGUGGAGAAUGUUCCAGAAAGUGUGGUUGUUUCAGAGGUGGAGAAGGAGAUCGUGACACCAGUUUUCACAGAACAAGUUGUUUAUCCUCAAUAUUCCAGUGUCGUUGUCUCAGAACCUGAAACCAUGGCUGCCUACAUCAAGUAUCCUUUCUUCAAGUAUGGGAAACCGAAAAUCAUCUCUACCGUGAAGUCUAAAUUGUUGGUUGAACAUCCUCAAAAAGUAAUGGAAGUCAAGGAACACGCUCUGUUGCAUAUAUAAAGAGUGCUACAUAAUAACGUAGCAACAGACCUAGUCACCGACAAGAAAUGUAAAUCAAAAUUUUUGACCAAUAU